UCGUGAGGAGUUGACUUUCCUCGAUGCAGCUACAGAGCACAUGCCUAAGAAAAAGCACAGACCCUCCAGUACUCCAAAAUCUCGAAUUUAUGCUGCAUCAUCGAGAACUAGCCCCCUGUAAGCCUCCUGCAAGCUCAGCCUGACAACCAUACAAAAAUGCCACUCCACCUCCUUGGCAAGAAGUCCUGGAACGUCUACAAUGCCGCCAACAUCGAGCGCGUGCGCCGCGACGAGGCCGCCGCCGCCGCCCGCGAGGCCGCCGAGGAGCAGCGCAUGCAGGAGGACGACGCCGCCCGCCGCCUAGCCAUACUGCGGGGCGAGGAACCGCCACCACCGCCGCCGCCGCCGCCACGGCCGGAACCCGAAUCAUCAUCCCGACGCCCCCCGGAACACAUCGCGGGCGAGCGGCCCGAGCGGCGCAAGCGCAAGCGGGCCGGCGAGGACGACACCGAUUUCGAGAUGCGGGUGGCGACGGAGCAGCAGCGGACGCCUGCUGCUGCUGCCGCGGGAGGUGAGGCGCUUUCGCGCCUGCUGCCGGGCCCGGCCGCUGGUGCGGCGGUGUCGCUCGUCGACGAGAGGGGCCACGUCGCGCUGUUCGCGCCGCCGCCGCUCGACGAGCGCGCGGAGCGGGAUGGCGGCAAGAAGCGCGAGCGCGAGCGCGAGGACCAGAGCCAGGGCGGGAUGCGCUUCUCCGACGCGGCGGGGAGGGGAGGCGCGGGGCUUGUUGUGGGCGGGGCGGGGCCGUGGUAUGCCCAGGCGGGAGGCGAUGGUUCGGCCUUGGGGGCCGAAGCGCCGUCGAAGGAUGUCUGGGGUAAUGAAGACCCGAGGCGGAGGAUGAGGGAGGCGGCUCGGCUGGACGCGAGCGACCCGUUGGCAAUGAUGAAGAGGGGCGCCGCGAAAGUGCGGGAGCUGGGGAAGGAGCGGAGUCGGGAGGCGAAGGAGCGGGAGCGGGAACUGAGGCAGCUCCGGAAGGAGGAGAGGCGGCGGGAGAGGCGGAGGAGGAGGGAGGGGAGGGAUCGUGACGACGUAGACGAUCUCGAGGGUUUCAGCCUGGAUGGCCCGAGCCCAGCCGUUUAG